AUGUGUCUUCUAGUGUGCGCGACGUAUACCUGCACCGCAUGUGGUCAUCAUAUCAAAACGGACACUCGGGUACAGGUAUGCCCUGGGGCUAUCGCCAAUGAUUACCGAAACUGCACAUUCGAAUUUGGAUACAAGCUUAAAAGUAAUGAAUAUUUACAAAAAAGACAAUUUCUUUCUUUUCUCAUAAUGUUUUCUGCUACUUCCUACUACAAACCCCAUAUCCAACAUACAAAGUCGAUCAUACAAUUCAAAAACUCGAGACAAAGAACACCAUGUGCUGGCAAACAACUGUCACCACCCGGUGUGGUAAUUGCAACUAUCUCCUGA